GGCAGUGCGCAGGGCACCCGCAAUGCCUGAGGUCCUUCCUCACCCCUCCUCACCGGCGGCGCUGGCGGGAGCGGCCCGGGACCAAGAUGGCGGUGGCGGCCGAGCUGGCGGCUCUGGGGCGCUGGGGGCUGUGGCUGCUGCUGGGGCUGCAGUCGAUCAGUGUGUAUGGAGCGCAGUUGUCAUCAGAAGCUUGCAGGGAGCUGGGUUUCUCCAGUAACUUGCUCUGCAGUUCUUGCAACCUCCUUGGACAGUUCAACCUGAACCAGUUGGAUCCGUUCUGCAGGCAGUGCUGCCAGGAAGAAGCGCAGUUGGAAACUAGAAAGCUUUAUGCAGGCGCUGUCCUAGAGGUAUGUGGAUGAAAGUUGGGAAGGUUCCCUCAAGUCCAGGCUUUUGUCAGGAGUGACAAGCCAAAGCUCUUCAGGGGGCUGCAAAUCAAGUACGUGCGUGGUUCUGAUCCUGUGCUAAAGCUGCUGGACGACAGUGGGAACAUCGCCGAAGAACUGAGCAUCCUCAAAUGGAACACAGACAGCGUGGAAGAAUUCCUGAGCGAGAAACUAGAACGUCUGUAAAUCACUGCUUUUGGUCCUUUUGUCCUGGUAAUCUUCUCAGCUGUAGCGUGCCCUGACUGAAAAAAGCAUUCCAGGUUCUAUACUCAUUUUAAAAUACUUGUGCUGUAUUAAACAUCUUGUAAUUGGGAAGGGAGGUUUCAGCACACAUAGCUGACAAGUUGACAAACGAUAUCUGGUCUUAAUAUAUUUCAGCUCCUGAUGCAUUUAUCACUAACAAAAGGCUUCAAAGCUAUCAAAGCUAAUUUUUACAAUUAUCAGUGUGUUAUGAUUGGGCCAGUUUUUACAAAGCUCUUAAAACUGAAGAGCUUCAAAUAAUUGGAAUUAUCACCAUGCUUUUUUUCUGCCGCUGUUCGUAAGGAAAUCAGAACCACAUACUCCCAGAGACACUUGACCGCCAAUGCCCUCUUCUUCUUCGUAGUUGAACUGUCCUUUUUAUAGAAGCUCACACAUUUGGAAGCUGAUGGAGGGGCUCAUGCUCUGGCGCUGUGAAACAUUUAGUAAGUGCACCUUCAUGAAGACUACAUAGAAAACCCCCGAGGUGUAUGAAGUCAGAUGUCCGGUGUGCUUUGCAUUAAGUGUUUUGCUUCAGAGACCAUGAGAUGUAAGUCUUGAAAAGCCUUUCCUUCUGACUUUCUCAAGUGUAUUGGAAGUCUCUUUAUCAAAUACAUUUAUAAACUCUUUAAAUGUGUAUUUUUCACUCUCAGUUGCGAUUUUUCAGAUAGGAUGUAUGGCAAUGAGUCAAAUCCAUUAUGAGUUGUUGGAUUUUUUCCACUUAGAGUGAAUAAAUAUGGCAAGCAAGAAUAAUGUGGGUUUUUUCCGAAGUCUAAUUAGCAGAUAAGUCUUCCGUUUAACGCCUUGAUGCACAGCGGCUUUGGUUGGACGGGUGUUAUGCUGUAUGGCCUGAGUUGGUACUUAGUUUUUAUCUUCAUACAUAAUUUUAUAUCUUAGAAAUUUAGUAGAAGCACAGAAUGGUUUUGGUUGGAAAAGACCUUUAAAAUCACUGAGUCCAACCAUUGAUCCAGCCCUGCCAAGUCCACCACUAGACUGUGUAACAUCUACUUGUCUUUUAAACACCUCCUGGGCUGCUGACUCCACCACCUCCCUGGGCAGCCGUUCCAGCGCUUGACAACCCUUUCAGUAAAGAAAUUCUGCCUUAAUAUCCAGUCCAAACCUCCCUUGGUGCAUCUUGAGGCCAUUUCUCCUUGUCCUGUCACUGGCCACCAGGGAGAAGAGACCAGCACCCACCUCUCUACAACCUCCGUUGAGGCAGUUUUAGACAGUGAUAAGGUUCUCCCUUCAUUCUCCUUUUCUCCAGCUCCCUCAGCUGCUCCCCGUAAGUCUUGUGCUCUAAACCCUUCUCCAGCUCCAUUCCCCUUCUCCGGAUGUGCUCAGGCCCUCAAACAUCCUUCUUGCAGUGAGGGGCUCAAAACUGACCCCAAGGUUAGAGGUGCGGCCUCACCAGCCCCAAGUACAGGGGAAGGGUCACUUCCUUUAGGUUCCCGAUUCCUUGCACUGAAACACAGAUAUUCAUUCUCGUUGGUUGAAAGCACGCGCGAGGUACACCCCUGUGUAACCCUAUAGAUACGAACAUGGCGAGCAUCUUCCACGAGCCUCAAACCUAGUCGAUCUGUGAGCCUCUAGCAAAAGCUUCGUUACCUGCGCUUCUCUGAACUGUUCUCCAUCCUGUUCCUGAAGGGUUAAAUUCGCACCACCCUUGCUUUCUUCUUUCUCAUUCCAUCCUUCAGCUGAUACUCAGGUUUUUGGCUGUACAGCCAUGUGUUCAGAACAUGAAACUUUCAAAAAUGAGCCAGGCUUUGUGCUAAAAGAGGCAGUUGGAGCAGGGAAUUAUUUCUUCUGAAGUCUCUGCUUAUCAGCAUGGGUUUUCUUUUCCUCCAGUCAGCAGCUGGGAAAAAUCAGAGAGCUCCAAAGAUUCGUUUGGCUUGUGGCAAUUAACAAAAUAUAAGGUUUAAAAGGAAGUGAUUCAUUUUUACUUAGAGGCUUAAUAAGUGCCCAACUUCACACAAGGCAUUCACUCAGAUUUAUGUAAGAAUUAUUUAGUCUUAUAUAAUGCUCCUGUUGUGCCAAAUCUUGACGGAGUUAAUGGAAGGAUAUAAGCAGCAAGCAUGCGUGACCGAGUUGAAACAUGAAGCGUCCAUCCACCCCUCCUGUCUUUUUAGAAGGUUAAAAAGGCAACUCCUCUUGCGGGAGAGAGUAUCAGUGCUGUUAAAAAGAAGAGAAACCGUUGUCUGUCCCCGUUUGUACAUCGAUGCGAUCUGUAGAUGGAUUUGAAGCAGCGCACAAGCUGCUUGGAAGGGUUUCCUGGGUACCUGCUGAGUUGGACUCCUGCAGUGAACCAGAACAAAAUGAUCAUAGCAGGCAAAACUCUGUUUCGGCUUUAAGGGAAACCUUCCAGCUGACGCUAAAAUUGUAGAAAGAAAUUGAGUAUUCAGCUCAGUCUUUGCUUUAUUGUUUUAUCGUAUGGAUAGAACAGGAACAGAUUGCCAAUUUAAUGAAGAGCGCACACAAAAGAAGCGCGUUCAGAAAUCUGAGCUCCUGUUGAGAACACCUUUUCCUGAACCUGAGCUUUCAGAGGCAAAGCACACCUGAUGUUCCUCUGCAGCCUUAGAGAUGAGGACACCACCCCUCUGCCUCCCCCCCAAAAAACCCAUAAAGAAAUAAAAAGAAAAGUAAAAAACUAUUGUCAUUCUACACCGUUAGUUUGGAAGCUGAGUUUGUAGAGUUAUGUUAGAACUGCUCAACAUUUGGCCCAUAAAGGCAGAUGGGCUCCAAUCCAACCUGAGAUGCUUUCAGGAAUGCCCAGAACAUCAGCUGCCGGUGCUUGCAGCGUGAGGGCAGUUGGAUCAGGACAAAGGGUUCUGUGCUUAGGGUGCUUCAACCGCUUACAGGGAAUGGAUUAAUGCAACUGCACCUGAGAAGGGUCCAUCGAAUGCUGAGGUGCAGCAUAGUGAUAGCAAAAGCAGCGAAAGCAAACCCCAUCUUCUGAACUGCUGUGGUUUUCCUGGAGUUGGCAGCUGUUAUAGCCCCACCCCGUGACUUUGUUUCAAAGGUGCUGUCAUGUCUGAGAGAAAGAGCCCGAGGGACAGGACAGGAGACACAGAGCACACCACCCACCAGUGUGCUGGGAUUGAACACCCGUGGUUCAGAGCACCCACCUCCCUCCCAAACGCACUUGUACAAAGCCUCAGCAGAGGGCAGGAAGCAGUAGAAUCUUGACAGCAAUUUUUUUCCUUAGGUUUAGAUUGGAUAUUAGGAAAAAAUUCUUCCCCAAAAGGGUUCUCAAGCACUGGAACAGCUGCCCAGAGAGGUGGUGGAGUCCCCAUCCCUGGAGGGGUUUAAAAGAUGGGGAGAUGAGCUGCUAAGGGAUCUGGUUUAGAACUGAACAGGAACAGUUGGACUCUGUGAUCUCAAAGGCCUUUUCCAACCAUGCAGUUCUAUGACAGUCAUUACCAGUUACAAACGCGGUGAGGGGGUCUCAGUACAUCCCGGAGCUGCCAAGGCCACACCGUGCCCGCUCACAGCACACCUUUGCCUGUCCUUCCCAGCUGCAAACUCCAGUGCUGCCGUGUGCGAGAGCUCCACCGAGGGCAACUUGGCAAAGCCUUAGCGUAGCCAUGGUAACUUGCAGACCUUCACCUGCUGCACGAGGAUCACCACAUACAGCUUGUGAGACACUGUCUCUGCAAGUAACUCAGUAUUGAAAUCUGCGGCUCUAAAAUGGGCAGGAAGAAAAAUUCUUAUUAAGCGACACGAGCAGUUAUUCCGUUAGCAGAGGGCAAGUUUGUUCUGAGCGAGGGGAGACUCUUGACUACUCCCAUUCUCCCCAAGUGCCAGACCUUCUCCCAGCUGGUGCUGAACAAGAAGUUUUUGCUGUCCAAGAACCAAAGCAACAGAGCAAAAAGAUAAAUAAUGUCAGGGCUGCUUUCAGGAUGAAA